AUGAAAGGUUUGAUGUCCACCAAAAUGAUGGAAGGUACUCCAGUACGGGAACAUGUUCUGAAAAUGAUAUCUUUCAUUAACAUACUGGAAACUUUGGGUGCGGAUAUUGAUGGUGAAAUUAAAAUUGAUGCGAUGCUUUCAUCUUUACCAGAUUCUUAUAAUCAGUUUAUUUUGAAUUACAAUAUGAAUAAGAUGAUUGUUACACCAUCAGAGUUGCUCAAUAUGUUACAAGCAGCAGAGGAUCUCAUUAAAAAGAGCCAACCCACUGUGAUGAUGGGUGAGAAGGAAAGUCCUAGAAAAUUCAAGCCUAAGGGCAAGAAUAAUUUUAAUAAAGAAUCUAUGGGCUAA